UAGAAUAUGUCAAAUCAAAUAGUCAAGCACUUUGUUGCAAUUGUUGGCUGUUAUUUUUUAUUAGAUUCAUAUUGUAGCUAUGAAAGUGUAUGGUUUUAACCCGAUUGAAGCAAAACGUUAAAUAUAGCAGUAUUUUGCUUUGUCUAACAUGGAUUCUCCUACAAUGGAUACCAUAUACCAAGCCAUAAGCGCUUUGUAUGAUAACCCCAAUGCAAGUGAAAAGGAAAAGGCAUCUAUUUGGCUCGGCGAUGUGCAGAAGUCUAUACACUCAUGGAAAAUAGCCGAUGAGUUACUUCAACAGCAAAAGGAUAUACACUCUUGCUACUUUGCUGCUCAAACAAUGAGAUCUAAAGUGCAACACAAUUUGUCAGAAUUGCCCGUAGAAGCUUUGGUUUCCCUUCGAGACUCCCUGGUGGCGCACUUGGAAAGAACUUCCCCGGACACUAGUGCUGCUAUUUUAACUCAACUCAGCUUAGCAUUAGCUGAUUUAGCACUCCAAAUGCCCUCUUGGCAAAACUGCGUUGCAGACUUAAUAACAUCAUUUUCUAACAAAAAUGAUUAUGCCCUCUUAGAAGUUUUAACUGUAUUACCUCAAGAAAUAGAUUCAACCAAUUUGAAGCUUGGUGAAAAUAGAAGAGAAGAAAUUAAGCAGGAGUUAAGAGCCCAUGCUCAAAUUGUAAACUUAUUUUUAAAGGAAAGUAUAGUCAAUUCUCAAAACACCCAUGUAGCAUUGAAGGUGAUAAAAUGUCUUACAUCUUGGAUACAAGUGAGAGCUAUUAACAUGCAAGAAAUACCACAAAAUGCUGUAAUAGGGUUAAGCUUACAAGUUUUGAGAGAUCACAAUACAAUAAAUAUGUUACAUGAUGCAGCCUGUGAUUGUAUUUGCUCAUUACUUCACUGUCUAGAGGAAAAUAACAAUAGUGAAGAUGUUGAAAAGUUGUUAUUUGAGAGUGUGUCAGCCUUAGAAGAGAGCUAUCAUAUGGCAGUAGCGCAUGAGGAGGAAGAGAAAGCGGCCAACUAUGCAAGAGUGUUUACAGAGUUGGCAGAAUCAUUUCUCAGCAAAAUUGUUAAUGCAGCAGCUAAUGGUACCACUCAUUUUGCAAUGAGGUCUUUAGAAUUAGCUCUUAUGUGUAUUGGCCAUCAUGAUUAUGAGGUUGCAGAAAUCACUUUCAACCUUUGGUACAAAUUGUCCGAUGAAGUAUAUCAGAGAGACUAUCAACCUCUAACAGAUGUAUUUAAACCGCAUAUUGAGAGACUUAUUGAAGCCUUGGCUAGACAUUGUCAGUGUGAGCCUGACCAAGCACAGCUGCCAGAUGAGGGUGAUGAGUUUUUUGAAUUCCGUGUAAAGGUGAUGGGAGUGAUAAAAGAUGUGGUCUUCAUAGUGGGAUCUAGUUUUGUGUUCCGGCAGAUGUUUACAGCUCUUCAUGCGGACAUCUCAUGGGAACAGACAGAAGCUGCUCUGUUUGUGAUGCAGGCAGUUGCCAAAAAUAUAUUGCCGGACGAAUAUGAGUAUGUGCCAAAAGUAGUCGAAGCAAUACUCUCCAUGCCUGAGAACAGUCACCCGGCAGUUCGGAAAACAUGCAUACUUCUCUUAGGAGAACUAUGCGAGUGGAUCGAGCAACAUACUGAGGCUUUGGAGCCGAGCCUUCGCUUUCUCAUCAGGGCGCUGAACGAUGAACAGUUAGCGUAUGCCGCCGCUCUUGCUCUACAGAACAUCUGCAAGGCGUGCCGGUCGUCUGCGUGCGGGCACGCGGGCGCGCUGCUGGAGGCCAGUCGCGGCGGCCAGCGCCUGCCGCUGCCCGCCGCCGCCGCGCUCGCCCGCGCCACCGCCUCCACCAUCGGCGCGCUGCCGCACGAACAGUUGAGCGUGGCCAUGCGCGAGGCGGUGGCGGUGCACCUGGCGCCGCUGUCGCAGCUGGUGCAGGCGGGCAAGGAGGCGGGCAGGGAGGCACGCAAGGGCUGCGCGCUGGACCCGGUGCCGUGGCUGGACAAGGUGGCCGCGCUGUUCCGCGACGUGGACGCGCCCGCGCCCGCCGCCCCUGGAGCCCACCCCUGCCUGCCCGCGCUCGCCGACGCCUGGCCCGUCAUCAGGGACGUCAUGCACAAAUAUGCCGCCGACGGGCGAGUGAUGGAACGUUCGUGUCGAGCGCUCCGAUUCGCCUUAAGAUGCACGGGCAAACACGCCGGCGGCCUCCUCCAGCCGCUGGCCCAAUCGCUGGCCACGCUGUACGAAGCGCGAGCCCACUCCUGCCUGCUGUACCUGGGGUCGGUUCUGCUCGACGAGCUGGCGUCCACGCCCGAGUGCGUGCCGGACCUCAUAGCCAUGCUGCAGGCGUUGAUGCCGAAAGCGUUCGAGCUGCUGCUUCAGCCCAACGGGCUCCGAGACAACCCCGACACGGUGGACGACUUGUUCAGACUGUGCAUCAGGUUCCUGCAGCGCAUCCCGCUGGAGUUCCUGUCGUGCGCGGCGCUGGACGAGGUGGUGGCGUGCGCGCAGCUGGCGGCGGCGCUGGACCACCGCGAGGCCAACGGCUCCGUCAUGCGCUUCCUGCACGACCUGGCCGCCGCCGCCAACCAGACGCGCGGCAAGCGCGCCGUCAGCGAGUUGGCGGCGGGCGCGGUGGCGCGGCACGGGGCGGGGCUGACGCGCGCGCUGCUGGCGGCGGCGGCGCUGGCGCUGCACGCGCCGCUGCUGGCCGACGUGGCCGAGCCGCUGCUGCAGCUGCUGCGCUUCCAGCGCGCGCGCCACCUGGACUGGCUGGCGCCCGCGCUGCAGCAGCUGCCCGCGCGCCCGCCCUGCGCCACGCCGCAGCAGUGCGACCACUUCCACCAGCAGGCCAUGCGGUACGACCGCUACACCCACCGAUAUUAUUUAACCAUCUAUCGACCUCCUAAAAUGUCCCAGCUUAACACGAAGGAGCUCGAGGCCACCGACCCUGCGCCCGGCCGUUGCGAAACUCGCUUACCGGCCGCGUAG